AACGACGUUCUAUUUAUAACUUGGUGCUUUUAUCACGCUGUUUGCAACACAGGCUCUUUCAAUCGGCACAGCUCGGUGUUGCCUCCCAACUGAUUUUGCACCUUGCUUGCUUCAUCGGUCGCUUGCACUGUUACACCGUAUAUACGAAGAAUUAAUUAAGCCCUGAAGGCGGCGGGAGCCGCUGGACGGCGGUAUGGCACCGGCUGCGCAAAAGCAGCGAUGCCUCUAUGAGGUCCUGGAUGUGCCGCGAGACGCCGAGGAGGAUGUCAUCAAAAAGGCUUACCGCAAGCAGGCCCUGCUAUGGCAUCCAGAUAAGAACGCCCACCGCGCGGAGGAGGCGGCGGAGCGGUUCAAGGAGAUCCAGAACGCCUACGAGAUCCUGAGCGACAAGCACGAGCGAGCAUGGUACGACGACCACCGGGAUCAGAUCCUGCGCAGCGGCGAGCGGCACCAGGCGGGCGGGGGCGGCGGAGCGGGCGGCUUCGAGGGCGGAGGGGGCAAGCCGCCCGAGUUCGAGGAGAUCUUCACCUACUUCAGCAGCAGCUGCUACUCGGGCUACGGAGACGGACCCAAGGGUUUCUACGGCGUGUACGAAACCGUAUUCGCCAAGCUGGCGAAGCAGGAGCAGGAGGCGUGGGAGCAGCGGGACGCGGCCGAUGACAGCGACGAGGAGGGCGGUGGCGGUGGUGGCGGCCGCUCCUCCUCCGCCCCCAGCUUCCCCCCCUUCGGCACCUCGCAAUCCGACGCCCCCGCUGUCAACUCCUUCUACGCGCACUGGAGCUGCUACACCACCUGUCGUACGUUCGCAUGGGCCGACAUCUACAACCCCGCUGCGGCACCCAACAGGCAGGUCCGCCGGCGCAUGGAGGAGGAGAACCGCAAGGCCCG